AUGGCACGUCUGAGCACGACUCUAUCUUUCCUAGGCCUUGCGGCGAUGGUGGCAGCGCGCAAGUGCCAGGAGCUGACUAUCUGCCUGGACGUCUCUGCAACUAACCAGGUUUUCAACCUGGCCACGCCCAAGACUGACAUCGAUGUGACCAACAUUCUCUUGGAACUCACGAAGCAAGGGGGUAGCUUUGUGAGCGACAUCACAACAGGCGAGGCACAAGUUGGUGGCCAAUACGAGUUGGCGGCAACGUACUGCGAGCCCGAUGGCGGAAACGCGACCGUCCUCCAAGUGCUGACCCAUGGCAUCGGCUUCGACCGAAGCUACUGGGACUUUCCCGCGAAUAACCACAACUACAGCUACACCAAAACGGCCGUCGACGACUACGGAUACGCGACGCUCGCCUUUGACCGCCUCGGCGUGGGCGCCUCCUCCCACGGCGAGCCGGUGUCGGAGAUUCAGCAGACCCUGGAACUCGCCGCCCUCAGGGCCUUGACGGAACGGCUCCGCGCUAGCACCAUCCCUGGGCUCGAGUAUAAGCGCUUCAAAAAGAUCGUCCACGUCGGCCACAGCUUCGGUGCAAUCCAAACAUACGGCCUAACAGUCAACGACAGCGGGUGUUCGCUCUCUGACGGCAUCGUCCUGACCGGUUUCACGCAGAACGCGACUUUCCUGCCGUACUUCGUCCUCGGCGGGGGGUUCGUCCAGGCAAACUCGCUCCCCGGGCUGUCCCACUACGCUCUGGGGUACGUGGCGCCCGCGUCGGUAAGCGGCGGGCAGGUCAACUUCUUCGCCCCCGGGGCGUUCGACCCCGAGAUCCUGCGGGCGGCGUACCAGGGCGGACAGCCGGCGGCCCUGGGGGAGCUGUUGACUAUCGGCGGCAGCACCGGACUUCCCAGCUCGUUCACCGGGCCUGCGCUAGUCGUCACUGGUGACCGAGAUAUCCCUUUCUGUGGCGGCAACUGCUCGGCAACCGGGAACCCUGCGUUGAAGUCUAUCCUCGACACUUCGGCCAGUUUCCUGCAGGCGGCCAGCCCGUUCGAGUCUUACGUCGUUGCUGGGGCCGGCCAUGGUCUGGCGUUGGAGUACUCGCAUGUUGAGACAACCGGCAAGAUUCUCGAUUUCUUUGUCAAGAACGGCCUGGCUGCGCGGUAG